UACCGAGUAAGUACUGUCCCCUUCUUUUAGUUUGACUUUACUUUAAAGAUUCUUGUGAUGCUAGGUUCUGCAGAUUGCAGAUUGGAGAAAGAUGAGGAAGAUUGUUCAUGAGUCUUAAGCAUGUGUUGAAUGUGGCGAAAAUACUGUGUUGGAAAGAUCAGCAGAGUUGCAGUCAACCCUACCUUAUUGGAGAAAGAUCUGGAGAAUUGUAUUGUUCAUACAGCUUCAACGUUUACUGAAAAAAGUUUUUGCUUGCUGUGGUACAUGAACUGCAGUAGAUAUAACUCCUAAUUCUCUAGAUUCUAGCUGCUUCCUGCUGUCGUGAAAGGAAAAGAUUGUUCAAAACUGUGUGCUGACAGCAAUAAAAACGUUGAGAUGGCGAGUUUUCUGAUUGAUUUGGCAAAGCUUUAUGUGGAGAAAUGUAUAAAUGGGGUGAUUGCAGAGUCAAGUUAUAUAUGUUGCUUCACGCGCAUUGCUGAUGAUUUUGAAGAAGAAAGAGCUUGGUUGGAAGAUGCAACGACAACUAUCAAGACGCGUGUUGAUGUGGCAACCAUGAGAGGAGAGGAUGUUCAAGCUAAUGCUCUUUUUUGGGAAGAAGAAGCUGAAAAGCUCAUUCAAGAAGACACCAAAACAAAUCAAAAAUGUUUUUUUGGAUUUUGCCCUCAUUGCAUAUGGCGAUAUAGAAGGGGAAAGGAACUGACAAAUAAGAAGGAGCAAAUUAAAAGAUUGAUUGAAACUGGAGAGAAACUUUCAAUUGGAUUCACUGCUCGUCUUCCAGAUGUUGAAUGCUAUUCACCCGGACAGUAUAUUCCUUUUAAAAGCAGAGAAUCCGAAUACAAUGAACUUUUAGGUGCUCUGAAAGAUGACAACAAUUUGAUAAUCGGGUUGCAUGGGAUGGGGGGCACAGGAAAAACUACAAUGGCUAUAGAAGUGGGUAAGGAACUUAAGCAAUCCAAACAAUUUACUCAAAUUAUCCACACGACAGUGUCAUUUUCUCCUGAUAUCAGAAAGAUUCAAGAUGAUAUUGCUCGACCCUUGGGAUUGAAAUUUGAUGACUGUAAUGAAUCAGACCGACACAAAAUACUAUGGAGCAGAUUAACCAAUGGUGAGAAGAUUCUUCUAAUAUUGGAUGAUGUGUGGGGAGAUAUCAAUUUUGACGAAAUAGGGAUUCCUGAUAGUGACUAUCUCAAAGGCUGUAGAAUUCUUGUACCCACGCGCAAUCUCUUAGUGUGCAACAGAUUAAGAUGCAGUAAGACAAUCCAAUUGCAUCUCUUAUCUGAAGAAGAUGCGUGGAUCAUGUUCCAAAGGCAUGCUGGUCUAAGCAAAAUUUCAUCUAAAUUUUUUCUCUUAAAGGGCCGUAAAAUUGCAACUGAAUGCAAAAGGUUACCAAUUGCAAUUGCUGUUACAGCCAGUAGUUUGAAGGGUGAGAAACAUCGAGAAGAAUGGGAUAUGGCCUUAUAUUCCUUUCAGAAACAUAUGCCCAUGCAUGGCAUUGAUGACGAUCUCGUUAGAAUUUUUAGCUGCUUUAAGUUUAGCUAUGAUAAUAUGAAGGAUGAGAAAGCAAAGAGACUAUUCCUCUUGUGUUCUAUAUUUCGAGAAGAUGAAAAAAUUCCUACUGAAAUGUUAACCAGACUUGGCAUCGGAGGAGGCCUUUUUGGGGAAGAUUAUUUCAGGUACGAAGAUGUUCGAAAUCAAGCUGUUGUAUGCAAAAAUAAACUCCUAGUUUCUUGUUUGUUGUUGGAGGCCAAUCAAAGCAGAGUGAAAAUGCAUGACUUGGUUCGUGAUGUAGCCCAAUGGAUAGCAGACAAAGAGAUUCAAACAGUGAAGUUGUAUGAUAAAAAUCAAAAGGCAAUGGUUGAAAGGAAAAUGAAUAUUAAAUAUUUGUUAUGUGAAGGCAAGCUUAAGGAUUUGUUUUCCUUUAAGCUUGAUGGUUCCAGCCUGGAGAUUCUAAUUGCCACUGUGCAUAAAGAUGAAGGCUGCCACAAUGUGAAAAUCGAAGUCCCGAAUUCAUUUUUUGAAAAUAGUACGGGCCUUCGUGUUUUUCAUUUAAUCUAUGAUCAUUAUUCUAAUCUAUCUCUAUCAUUACCUCAGUCAAUUCAGUUGUUGAAUAAUAUUCGAUCUCUUCUCUUCUCACGUGUCGAUUUGGGUGACAUCUCUAUUUUGGUAAACCUGCAAAGCCUUGAGACUCUUGAUUUGGAUGGUUGUGAAAUUGAUGAAUUGCCUCAUGGAAUUACAAAAUUAAAGAAAUUUAGAUUAUUGAACUUGGACUAUUGUAAAAUUGCAAGGAAUAAUCCUUUUCAAGUGAUUGAAGGAUGCUCAUCACUUGAAGAGUUGUAUUUCAGAGGUAGUUUUAAUGAUUUUUGCCGAGAAAUAACUUUCCCUGAAUUGCAAAGGUUUUAUAUUGAUGAAAAUUCAGGUUCAGAGGAUGAUUUAUUGUUGAAGUGUGUGUCUUAUGUAGACAACGAUGAGAUUUUCCUAUCCAAAACAACACUCAUGUAUUGUAUGCAAAAAUCAGAGGUUCUUAGACUAGGAAGAAUCGUGGGGGAAUGGAGAAAUAUCAUACCUGAAAUGGUUCCUUUAGAUCAAGGUAUGAAUGAUCUAGUUGAGCUUCAUUUAAGAUGCAUUUCACAACUAAAAUGCCUCAUUGACACUAUGCAUACCGGAUAUCAAGUAUCAAAAGUCUUCUGCAAGUUGGUUGUACUAAAGCUUGAAGGAAUGGAUAAUUUGGAAGAAUUGUUCAAUGGCUCUCUUUCCUUUGACUCUCUGAACAGUUUAGAGAAGCUGUCCAUCAAGGAUUGUACAAAUUUGAAAAGCUUAUUUAAGUGCAACCUAAACCUAUUCAAUCUAAAGAGCGUGUUGUUGAAAAGAUGCCCGAUGUUGAUCUCCCUGUUUCAACUGUCAACUGCUGUUAGCCUAGUGUUGUUGGAGAGAUUGGAAAUAAAUGACUGUGGAUGUCUUGAAUACAUAAUAGAUGAAAGGAACGAGGAGGAAUUGAGAGGUGAAAUAGUUGAUGAUAAUGACAUCGCAAGUCAUGGCUCAUUGUUUCAGAAACUGGAAAUUCUUAGGAUUAAGAAGUGUCCAAAAAUUGAAUUAAUACUUCCACUUCUCUCUGCUGGUGAUCUUCCAGCACUAGAAUCCAUCACAAUGAAAAGUUGUGAUUUGCUGAAAUACAUAUUUGACAAAAAUGUUGAACUUGGUUCCCUCAAACAAUUGGAGCUUGAUAGGAUACCAAAUUUCAUUGACAUUUUCCCAGAGUGUAAUCGUACCAUGACUCCGUCUAUUAAGGGGACAUCUUCCAAGCCACAAGCACAAUCAGACCCAAUCAAAUGCAAUAUCUUUUCAUGGAUUGAUAUAUAUUGUUGUGGUAAAAAAAAUGGGCACAAAUCGAGGAGUACUGAAAUCCCAUUGGUUUCUGAAGAUAAAUCGCCGGACAACUUAAUGUUACAGGAAUCAAAUUCAUAUUCCCUGGAUUACAUAAGCAUAUGGGAACGUGCUCAAUGUCUUUUAAGACCAUCAGAUAUCUUGUGCAAUAUUAAAGAGAUUACACUGAGGAAUAUUUUGAAGAUGAGAUCGGUAUUCAUCCUAUCUAUUGCUCCAAAAAUGUUGUUGGAAACUUUGACAAUUAGGAACUGUGAUGAAUUAAAGCACAUUAUUAUAGACACCGGAGAUCAUGACAACUCUGGUGCCAAUAACUGGGGCACUGUCUUCCCAAAUUUAAGAAAGAUUGAAGUUGAAGAUUGUGAGCGAUUGGAAGACAUAAUUGGACACUACACUGAUGGUCAUCAAAACCACGUUGAGAUUCACCUUCAUCUUCCAGUAUUGGAAGGUCUCUAUCUUGAGAAUCUUCCAAGUUUAGUCGCCGUGUGUCCCGAACAAUAUCGCACAACAUUUCCACCUUUGAAAGAACUUGUACUCAACAAAUGCUGCCAAUUCGCUAUCAAAUCUAUUGGUGAUUUCAUGACUCAUCAUUCAGUUACAAGAUCUGUCGACCGUACAACCAUCAAGGAAUUGAGUGGGAACAUGGAGCAUUUUGUCGCUUUGGAAAGGUUGAAGGUAGGUAAUUCCAAUGUUGAAAGUAUAUGUCUUCUCAAUGAAGUAAGUGAGCUCAAUGAAGUAAGUGAGCUGCAAAUGAACUUGGGGUUGCAAAACAUUGAGUUAGAUACUCUACCAAUGUUGACAUGUCUUUUUGUGGGUCUCAAAAAUUCUUGUUACCUCAAAAACCUUACUAAGAUGAAAAUUAAGGGAUGUGAAAAAUUGAAAUUUGUUUUCUCUACUUCUAUAAUAAUGUGCCAACCGCAGUUGCUUCAUAUAAGAAUUGAAGAAUGCAAAGAGUUGAAGCAUAUGAUUGAAGAUGACUUGGAGAAUAAAAAUUCCUCAAAUUUUAUGGCUACAAAGACAUGCUUCCCAAAGCUAAAAACACUUGUUGUAGCAAAGUGCAACAAGUUGAAAUAUGUUUUUCCAAUCUCCCUGUGUAAAGAGCUUCCUGAGCUAUAUGUUCUGAUGAUAAGAGACGCAGAUGAGCUAGAGGAAAUAUUUGUAAGUGAAGAUGAUCAUCAGAAAAGCGAGAUUCCGAAUCUUAAAUUUUUAGUAUUUGAAAAUCUGCCAAGUUUCUGGGAUACCCAGAGAAUUCAAUAUCAAGCUGUAAAAUAUCGUUUCAUACAGAAUUGUCAAAAACUCUCUCUGGCUUCAUCAACAACAGCAGGCCUAAAAAAUGAGGUUCAUCGUUUAGUGUUUGACUACGAUUAUGAAUUGUACGACGAUUUGACGAAGCUGUUCAAGCAAUUACACGGUGAGGCCAAAGGCCACGAUACUUCUAAUGAAUAUCCAAGUUCAGAAAUCACCGAAGCUCGAGAAGCAUCAAGACACGAGCCGACUUCUUCACAGAAAGAAAUUGGACAAACACUAGUGACAGAGCAUGGAUUUGUUGAAAAUGUUCCUCGUCAUGAGAUUCCAUCAAUAGCAAUAAUACCAACAAAUUCAGAAGAGUUGAUGAAUGAACAACCAAUGGAGCAACAACGUCCACUUGGUGAAACUGAUGCUACCGUCAAACCUUUGCAGGAAAAUACAUUCGUGGGUUCAACGUCAGAAAAAAAUGUAGCAUCAACUCUUUCCACCAUUUCAGAAACAACAAAGAAUGAGCUUCCUAUACAAUUAGCUGCUUCUAAACAUAAGGGUAUUAAAAUAAGUGUCGAAGAAGGAACCUCAUCGGCUAAUGCCAAAACAAUAACAUCACCACCUCAUUUAAAAUCAGUAGAUGGUGAUGUUCAAAUAGCCAUAGCUUCUCCUCAAAUUGCCAUAACAAAGCCUGCUACCAUUCAAGAUGUUGAUGUUAAAAUCUGUCAGGAAACUAGUAAGGCUAAUGAUGAUCAAGUUGCUCUAAAUGAUGAUGCUGUCAUGAAAGCAAGCACAAAUAUUGAGCAACAUUUACCUAAGGAUGAUGAUAUUGAAGAUGGUGAUGACCAAAUAGCUAAGACUUCUUUUUCCAUUGCCAAUACAGAGACCAAUGAUCAAGUUUUUUUAGUUUCUCGAAAUGAUGAUGCUUUCAAGAAAGUAAGAUCAAAUACUGAGGAACAGUUUCCUACGGAUGAUGAUAUAUUAGUUUCCAAAUCAAGACCCUCUUAUAUUGCAUCUCAGUAUCCUUUAAAACCUGUUGAAGGGGACCCUUCUCAAAUAGUUGAAGAUUUUUCUUGGGUUGUCACAAGGGAGGAGCUUGAGAAUCUAGUUUCCAAGAACCAUUUGGCUAUUGAGAACUUGUCUUUGUUGACUGAAUUCCUUGUUAAGCAUCCGUCUGUUCUUCUAAGGGACACUUCAUUGAGUAGCAGAUACAAGGGUUAUGCCUACAAUUGCCUAGCUGAGCUAUUGAAAUUCCUCCAGACCCAUAGUGUGUUAGACGUGUUAGGUUCAAGAAACUCUACAUUUGUUGAGUUAAUACAAGAUGUGCGUAGAUUUCCUUUUGACAAAGAAUGGUUGGAUGGUGUUGAAAAGCGCGCUUUGUUUCCUGGUUUACAAGUCUCUCAAGAUGCAUUGCAAAAAUUGUUGAACUCAAAAUACAUUUUGACUCAACACGUGGAGGAUCUUAAGCAUCAAUUGGCUUCCUCCGAAGCUGUUUUACAGAGCAUCACUCAGCAGGAGGCACAAUUUUUAGAAACUCGGCUGCUUUAAGUGAUCCUAUCGGCUAUUAAACUAUUUUUUCCUUGCUCUUGUUCAAGUUAUUCCCUGCUUUUCUGUUUCUUAUCUCAAAUGAAUUAAACAAUCUUACUGAACUUGUGUAUUUUGAAAAUUAUUAUUGGUUGUGUCAUUGUGUGUUAUAUAUCUGGUCAUGAACUAUUGAUCUAUUCCUUAUUUUAAUCAAGAAAACAUGUUGAACACAUUUGUUAUGCUA